AUGCCUCCACCGGCCCAGGUUGAAGCCGUCGAGGCGGCCAAUGGCCUGAGCCCCGAAGGCCUCAGUGCGAGGGAGUUUGAUCGAGGCCAUUCGGAAGAAGAGCUCGGGUGGUGCUUGGCACUGGCUCGGCCCUCGGAGUUGGUGUCCGGGUCCGUGCAGAAGCUCUCCAACGCAGCUCUGCCGGACGUCUCAGCUUUUUGGGACUGCAACUGGGCCGGCAAUGGCGCCAGCAGCCGCCAUUUGGCUGCCACCGCCAUCUUGAUGGGAGUAAACGAAGCAGUCUUCAACUUCGGUUGCUGGGCGCAAGCCUUCCAAGUGCGUCCCCGAGCGAAGUAUCCGGGGUCGGUUCAGCAGAGCGAUGGAGCGCUGAUGGCCGUGGCAAGGGGCGUGGGCCUGGGUCUGCGGCUGCUACUGGCGCUGACGCUUCUGGUGCUCCUGGCCUUUGGAUUGUUCAUCGUGAAUGUCCAGCUCGAGAUCCCCCAGGCCCAGGCCCCGGCGCUGGGCCCCGCGUGGCAGUUCUCCGUGCAGCUGGGCCGGGUGAGGGCCAAGCCCAAGGUCACCAGGAUUCCACAGCAGCUGGUGCUGACUUCCAAGGAGGGCACCUUUGCCAGUCUGCCGAAGGCAGUGCAGCGCAAUGUGCGCCAUACGCUGGCGCUGAACCCCUGGGUGAGCCUGCGAUGGCUGGGCGACAAGGAGUGCGAGAGCUACCUCAUGCAACAUUAUAACCACACCGAGCUGCCCAUGUUCUUCAAGCACGAGACCAGGGGCAGCUACCGCAGCGAUGUUUGCCGCGCGGCGGUGCUGGCACGUGAGGGAGGCUUCUACACUGACCUGGACGUAGAAAUGAAGUGGAGCUUUCAGGAUUUGGCGGGCAAUGAGACGACCUUCCUGGCCAGCUACUCCGAGGACGGUUCUGUGCUGAAUGCCAUGAUGGGCGCGGUGGCCAACAGCAGCUUCAUGGAGGAGAUGCUGCGGCAACUCACCCGCUUCUACAGGGGCGAGCCGGUGGAACGCUACGGCAGCAGCUCUGAAUGGAUGGGUCCUGUGACGGCGCUGGCUGGACUGAAGGCGGUUGCGGCUCGUGACUGCCCCCGGCAAGACUUGCAACCAGAGGAUCGAGCUCAAUUCAACUGUG